CGUACGAGAAAGUACUUCGUCGGUCGCGUCCGUACUUUCGGAGCUCCCUCGUACGCGGACCGCGUGCGCACAGACUUCACCGUCCUCUCUUUUUCUCUCCUUUUACCUUUCCGUUUACCCACAUACCGUUCCCUGCAUUUCCCAAACAUUUUCGACGUGAAAAAUACGAAAAAUUACGCGUCCUCAUCUGCGCGUUAUUCUCGGUCGCUCCGAUUGGCCUCGUCGCGAGCGCGGGAGAAGACCGCUCGCCAUUUAAGCGAAUUGUUCCCUCGCGGCUGUCACGCGCGCGUCCCGCAUUCCUUCCUUCCUUCCUCGCGUUUUAUCGGCGUAAAGCGUUUUACAUGUUGCGGUUGCGUUUUGUGCGAACGAGCUCUUUGUGUUCCGUGAAUUCUCGUUUUAUUCAGUGACCUUUUGUUGAUUUUUACGGAUUUUUCGACGGCCUGUCCACAAAAAUCCACGAGUGGACACUGCGCAGACAACUUCAUUGAACUCUGGUAUCCUUUGAGAGAGGAGCUUUCGCUUCGUGGACUUGGAGCGGCGCGCACCAGUCUGAAUCGUGAGAAAGGUCCAGUACUUUUGAUCCUGAGACGGUUUUUAAGGAUUCGAGAUUCAACGAGCUCUGAGGGUGAUGAGAGCGACACGUUGCGGGGGUUGAAGCGGCUGGCGAGAAGGGCGAGGAAGUGGCGAGGUUCGUGAAAAUCAGCACCGGGGACGUACGAUCCGGGCAGCGGUAGUAGUGGCGAAGCGGAAGGGGUACUAUGGGAGCGGGGGUAUGGGGGGCGGAGGAGGGCUACAAGCCACGGACCUCCGGCGACGGCUCGAGUUCCAGUGUACCGGAGGAACUUGUUCGCAGGGUCUUCGGUCCCUAAGGCACGACAGCUACCAUGCCACCGAGGAGAAGGCCGCGUGUGACGACCACGAGGACAGGAGGACUGACCACGAGGCGAUCCUCGCUUCCGGUCAGCCCACCUGCACAGGCUGUCGACCGUAUAGGCGUCAGGAGAACGAAGCGGUUGAAAAAAAGGAAACUCUGAAGCGACGCAUGCCCGAGUCGAAUGGGAUCGGUUCGGUUUUCGGUUACCGGAAGCUGCGGCUUUGUCUGGGCCUUUUCGAGCAUGCGAGUAGAAACGAUGAAGUGGAAGAGGACGACGAAGAAAAGACGCAUCGAUUACGGUGGUGUCGCAGGGACUUUCGACGAAUCGUGGAAGUGACGACGAGAGCUCUACUCCUUGGUAUCGCGCUCCUCGUCACACCAGGACUCUGUCAACAAGACGCGGUGCACAUCACGGCUAUCCUUGGGGAGAGCGUUGUCUUCAACUGUCACGUAGAGUUCCCCGGUGAGCACCCAGUGCCCUACGUUCUCCAAUGGGAGAAGAAGGUAGGCGACACGGGGCAGGAGACACCGAUAUACAUAUGGUACGAGUCGUAUCCAACCCACAGUGGCGAAGGAUACGAAGGUCGUGUCUCGAGGGUGGGCGAAAAUUCGCCGUACGGCCAGGCCAGCCUCAAUCUGACGAACAUCCGCGAGAGCGAUCAAGGAUGGUACAAGUGCAAGGUCGUCUUCCUCAACAGGUCACCCAACAGUCACAAGAACGGUACCUGGUUUCAUCUAGACGUCCACGCGCCACCCAGAUUCAGCGUAACGCCGGAAGAUAUGAUAUACGUGAAUCUGGGCGAUGCGAUAAUACUCAACUGCCAGGCUGAGGGUACUCCAACGCCAGAGAUCCUUUGGUACAAGGACGCGAAUCCCGUCGAGCCCAAUGGCCGAGACGUUGGGAUAUUCAACGACGGCACCGAGCUCAGGCUCUCGACGAUCAAGACCGAGGACAUUGGCGAUUACACCUGCAUCGCCAGGAAUGGGGAGGGCCAGAUCAGCCACACCGCGCGCGUCAUUAUCGCGGGUGGAGCUGUUAUUACGUUGCCGCCGACAAAUCAAACGAAACUAGAAGGCGAGAAAGUGCAGUUCUCCUGCGAAGCAAAGGCUCUCCCGGGUAACGUAACGGUACGCUGGUUUCGCGAAGGCGCCCCCGUCACAGAAGUCUCGGCUCUGGACACCCGAGUGUCCAUCAAGAUAGACGGCAGUCUGGUUAUCAAUCCCGUCAGUGCCGAUGAUUCCGGUCAAUAUUUAUGCGAGGUCACCAACGGCAUCGGCGAUCCUCAAACUGCUAGCGCCUACUUGAACGUCGAGUACCCAGCAAAGGUGACAUUCACCCCCACUGUUCAAUACCUGCCGUUCCGUCUGGCCGGUGUGGUCCAGUGUUACAUAAAAGCCAACCCGCCCCUGCAAUACGUGACCUGGACCAAGGACAAGCGCCUACUUGAGCCUUAUCAAACGAAGGACAUCGUUAUCAUGAACAACGGCUCCCUGCUCUUUACACGGGUCAAUGAGAAUCACCAAGGUAGAUAUACCUGCACGCCUUACAACGCCCAGGGCACGCAGGGCAGUUCGGGUCCGAUGGAGGUCCUCGUGCGGAACCCGCCUGUCUUCACCCUUGAGCCGGAAUCAGUAUACACGAAAAAGGUCGGCGAGACAGUCGAGAUGCACUGUGACGCUCAAGAGGCCGAGGGAACGCAGAAACCAACAAUACAAUGGCAUCGGAGGGACGGCGGACCCAUCCAACGCAGCCGCGCGAAAACCGUCGGUGGCAAUCUAACUAUAGAGAGCCUUCGACGCGCGGACUUUGGAUUUUAUCAGUGCAUCGCCUCCAACGAAGUCGCCACUAUCUCAUCCUCGACACAGCUGAUAGUCGAAGGCACGCAACCCCAUGCACCUUACAACGUGUCAGGCACUGCCACGCAAUUUUCGGUAACGCUAACUUGGUUACCAGGCUAUUCCGGUGGUCCUGAUUACAAGCAAGAUUAUACAAUCUGGUAUAGAGAAUCAGGAACUUCGGAAUGGAAGACAAUCCCCGUGACUCCAUCGGGCAGCACGUCGGUGACGAUCAACACUCUCACGCCAAGCACGCUCUACGAGUUCCAGGUAAUCGGGAAGAACGCUCUGGGCGAGGGAAUGCUGAGCAAAGUCAUCACAAUCAGGACGCUCGGCGUUGCUCUGACCCACUCGGCCACCCCCUCCACGCCUGAUCAACCCGUCUCACCGGAAAGUGACAUCCUUGAUUAUAAUACACUCGUAUUACCGACUGAUUCCACAGGAAAUCCCAUACUUCCGGUAAUCAUUCGACCGAAAGGACCAAAGCCAGGUACUCCCCGGAACCUCACGGUGACGGAAAUCAGCAACGGUUUCCUGAUAACCUGGCAACCUCCUAUGGAACGUAGCCAUCUUAUCCAAUAUUACACUAUCAAGUACAAGACGGACGGACCUUGGAAAACGCUCAACAAGGGCCAAAUACGACCCGAGGAGACCAGUUAUUUAGUGAAGAACCUGGUCGGUGGUAGGACCUACUAUUUCCAAGUGUUCGCCAAUUCGGCUACGAAUUACGGCGCGAGCGAACAGGUGAAGUUUCCCGUGCCGGCUCGCGUCAAGCACAAAGCGAUCACCGCGGGCGUCGUAGGCGGUAUCCUCUUCUUCCUCGUCGCCAUCAUCCUCAGCAUAUGCGCGGUCAAGAUAUGCAAUAAACGGAAGAGACGAAAACAGGAGAAAGAACUGCUUUCAGCGUAUAAUAUGGUGGCCUGCCGGGUCACCGAUGUCAGGAACGGCGCAGGGCAGGGGCCCCAGGGAACAGUGCCUUUGAAAAAACCUAGAAAAAGCCGAGUACCAGGUUUAAGCCUCCUGAAGGAGAUCCUGAGUCCGGAUACGCCGGACUCGUGCCGCUGUCGUCCGUUGGGCAAGAUCUCCCGGGCGGCUGACGGCCGCUUCGUCGUUGCGGAUUCGGUUCUCAGCUCGGCCAACAACAGCAUCCUGGAUGUCUCCAGCAGCGACGAUGGCGGUUUCCUACCAAAGCAGCGGCUCAAGUCCUCGUGGCGACGACCGUUGGUCGGCAUCAGCCAGCUCAGCCUGAGAUCCGAUGGCAGCGGCGUGUCGAUAGGUCCCCUGCCGUCGACUUACCAUCACGGCGCGAUCAACUCUCUGGCGAGGAUACCGCCCGUAACCGCCUGCGCGAUCGCAUCGCCCAGGUUUCUAGCCAGUUCGCCGAGCGGAGCCCAGGUGCCCUGGACCCCGCUGUAUUUCAGCGAUCUCAGCUCCGUCAAGCAACCAUCCUCCGGCGAACGUUCCUUCCCGACGCCGCCCGGCUAUCUACAGCUCCGUAGCGUACACCAGCGAUACAGCCAGGAGUUACCGUCGCUUAAGGCGAUCCACGCCGAAUCCAGGCGGUUCGUGCCGGUUCAGCCGUUGGCGACGUCAUCGCCGCCGCAGCCAGCCGGACGACCAAGAGCGAGGCUACCGCCGAGACACGCCAGGCACGCCCGAUCAGCGCCGGAGCUCGCGGCUUCGCCCGACCUGGAGACCUCGCCCGAGAGCAGGUCGAGCAGCUCGGGCUUCGGCAGUAAGAACACCUCGCAGCAGAACCAGAGCUCGAGGAGCGGCAGCACGGUUGCCGAGUGGCGACCGCCACCCUACAGGCCGCCCCCGCCGCCUCUGGUGGGUCGCUGGCUCGAGCUUCAGGAUCAGGCCAAGGUGGGUCAUACGCACAUACAAAACGCCGUGGACGCCGGCAGCGUCGACGGCCAUUACGAGUUCGAUCCAGUGUCGUGUACGCCGACGCCAACAUCGGCCUCGACGCCUACGCGGGAGGAGAGACCGCCGAUGCAUCAGAUCCACGCCAUUCACGUUCCCCACAUCCAUCAGGCGCACACGGUACAUCAUCAAGCGCCGAGGUACAGCAGAGAAAACAUUGAGGCCAGAGUGCAAGCGAUGAAGGCGGAGUUUCAUCAGUUUCGGCAGCGACAGGCGAGAAGAAAGCAGAGCGCGCACUUGGAAAGCGCGUGUUGAGGUAGUUAAAAAGUCGAAACAGAUUUUUCAUAAUCAAUCCAUGAUCGAAACUGUCAAUGAGCUAAAAUGAUCAGGAUGGUAGCAUUCGCGUAAAAGUUAAAUAUACGAUGGAGAUAACAUUACGUAAGCGUUAUGUUAGCUUAAUUCAAGCUGUAUGAUACGGUAGAUAUGAUGGUGACAGAGCAGUGGUCACUACGAAAGAAAAAACAAUUUAAGACGUGAUGUGAAUGACAUGCGAGACAAGAGUGGACAUGAGACGAUGGUAACACUUUAAAAGCUGGAUGAGAGAAAGCUAGAUUAAAAUCGAGAAUGAACAGAGAAAGCUAGAUUAAAAUCGCGAUUACAAAGAUUUUGAUACUGGCUUUUAUCUACCACGACGACGACGUGAUCAUCACCGAAGACCAACCAUCGCAGCACAACGAGAAUCAUCAUCACACGUGAUUCCGCAUGAGAGGAGUUUAAGUCAAUUCUAGUAGCUGGACAUCCAUCUACGAAAGAAGGCUGUUAUAAGCAUCAGCUCAGGAUACAUAAGUUUCGCACGACCACGAGACAGGAGCGACGUAGUAGAAUCGUACGUUAUAAAACGAUAAUCCCUUCGGAGUCUCGCCCGUUUACCGAUUAAGAGGACCGUCGAGCAUAUAUAUUCUUCGGGGGAAAUAAUCUCGAUAUCAUUUACCCAGCGACGCUCCGCGACAUCGAUCGCGCUGGGACGAUAAUAUAUAAACGAAGUGCGUAAACGAAAACGUUCGCGAAUCCGAUUAUUAUUGGUCAUAUCCCGCGUACACCAACCGCGCCUACGUCCGGUUUAGAGGACCGUGAUUUUUAACGUUACUAUAUAAUAAUGUAGAGAAACAUACUGACAAGUUUACACAAGGACGAAAAUAAAGGGAGGACAUUUCUUUUUUCUUUUUAUUUUUACUCAGUGGAACUGUCCUAGAGCUAGGAAGAGUGCGCAGAAGAUGAAAACACACUCCCGGCUGGCUCAAAGGGAUGCUAAUAUAUGUAUGUAUAACGAGACAUCGUCCGCAUCGCGAUUGGGACGAAAGAUCGAAGAGAAGGAAUGAACGCGGGAAAGGAAAGGAAAAAAAAGCAGGAAAGGAUAGUUACAUGCGUCGGCAUGAUACUCCAAAGAAACUGUACCACUGUACAUGCUCCGUAUACCUUUUAAACGAAAAUGUAAGGUUAAAUUUAAUCGUACACUUGUAAGUAAUAAUUAAAAA